CUGCCGAAAGGAGGAAAGCAGCUGCUCAUGGAGAUGGGGCUGUGGGAAGGCGAGCCAACCCCACGCGUUCACGAGUGCCGCGCGUGCAGGGCGGAAAAGGCGGCAACAAGGCAAGCCAUUACCGCCUUCAACCGCGGUGGAGAGGGGCGGCAGCACGUGGUGGACAGCACGGGGCAGGGAAAGGAGGACGGCGGAGAGGACGGGGACUCGAGUGGGAGCGGGGCAGCUGGUGAAGCAGGCAAGAGGCGUCGCUGCUGCGUCGUGCGCGUUCUGUCUGAGCUCAAGGCGUUCAGGGAGGAGCUCAACAUGGUUGAGAAUCUCUUCAAGGCACACGGGCACCUGUGCAUCUUCUUGCCGAAGUACCACCCAGAGCUCAACGCAAUCGAGCGAUACUGGGGGUAUAUCAAGCACCUCCUCCGCCUCCACUGCGAGUAUUCCCUUCGCCACAUGCUCCAGGUCUUGCCCGGCGCGUUGAGCGGCGUACCCGCACGGUUUAUCCGCGCAUGGAGCAGGGUGACGUGGCUGUACAUCGAAGCCUACGACGAGGGCCUGGAGGACUACCUCGAGUGUUGCGAUCUCAAGGAGUGGGGGAAGCACCGAGAAGCCACCGCCAGGGGAGAUGCCGUGAUUCAGGCGAGGGGGGCGGGGAAGACGCCG